UUGACAGCUCGACCGGAUUAAUGACUUUUCUCACAGAUUUCUGUCACUUCACAGAAUCGAAAAAGGAGCUUAUUCAGCGUGUUUUUCCGGACAUUAAACAACAAUAUAAUAACCACGAUUGGCUAAGUGAACGAGCAAUAUUGGCAGCAAAAAACAAAGAUGUCGAUGAUCUCAAUGCUACCAUUCAGAAUUUCCUUCCAGGAGAGUUGUUUACGUACAAAUCAGUUGACACGGCCACAAACCAGGAUGACGUAGUCAACUAUCCUACAGAAUUUUUAAAUUCAUUGGAUUUGCCUGGACUACCACCAUAUAAUUUGAAAUUAAAAGUAGGGUCAGUUGUCAUCAUGCUGCGUAAUAUUAAUCAACCUCGACUUUGCAAUGGAACGAGAUUGAUUGUGAAGAAACUCAUGAAUAACAUCAUCGAAGCUAAAAUAAUCAAAGGAAAAUACAAAGGAGAGGAUGUCUUAAUCCCACGAAUACCUAUGAUUCCAACGGAUUUGCCAUUUGAUUUUAAGAGGUUGCAAUUUCCCGUGCGUCUGGCGUUUGCGAUGACCAUAAAUAAAUCGCAAGGCCAAGCGUUGCAAGUUUGUAGAAUAAACUUAGAGUUUCCCUGUUUCGCACAUGGACAAUUAUACGUUGCGUGUUCGCGUGUCGGAAAACCAACAUCCUUAUUUAUUUACGCACCGCAAAAAAAAACUAAAAAUAUUGUCUACCAGAAAGUACUAUAUUAAUUAACUGUAUAUGAUCAUAACUGUGUUGUAUUUAAUUUAAGCAAAGAUUUGUUUAUCAUGUUCACAGUCCAGAAACGAGCACAUCCAAGAAAAUUUUAAAUUUUUGUAU